CCCGGUCAGGCUUGCUUGCCUAUAAAGAACGCUUGCAAGGUACCGGCGUUAUGAGCCAGACUUCUGUACGAUGCUGAGAGACCAGUACAGUCAGCCUGACCAGUCACCCAUGUAUCCUUGGCAUACGUGGUUUACGACAUACAGUACGGCCGGACAAGUUUGCGUGCAGCGAGAAGGGUUGGUAGGUUGCGGCGUCAAUCAAGCAGCAAACGACAUCGAAGACCUGUUUGGCCUGCCAGUGCUGGGACACACCCGGGUAUUGCCUGAAGCAGGGCUCGACAACACCCUCGAUCGUCUCCCGCGCGCCGAAGAUGCGCCCUUCAACGCGUUCGCGGAGCAGCACAAGCCUGCCUGCCUGCCUGACACGCGCGUCGACCUCCUCGACGAGAUAUACAACUGGGCGGAUGGCCAAGAUGAGCGGUGCGUCUUCUGGCUGAGCGGGCUGGCGGGCACUGGCAAGUCGACCAUCGCGCGGACAGUGGCGCGCAGGUACGACGACAGGCAGCGACUGGCAGCGAGCUUCUUCUUCUCGCGCGGCGGCGGCGACGUUGGACAUGCUAGCAAGUUUGUGACGAGCAUUGCGGUGCAGCUCGCGUACAGCGUGCCAGCAGCGCGGCAGCACAUCAGCGACGCUGUUGCAGAGCGGAGCGACGUUGCCAGCCAGUCGCUGCUGCGCGACCAGUGGCAGCACCUUGUCCUCUGCCCGCUGUCGAAGCUGCACGAGUCAGGACGAGAGCCACAGACAUACAUCAUAGUCGUCGAUGCUCUCGACGAGUGCGACAGCGACAACGACAUCCGCCUCAUUGUGCAGCUGCUGGCUGAGGUGCGGUUGUUGUUGACGGGUGUCCGGCUGCGCGUGUUCCUGACAAGCAGGCCAGAAGUGCCGAUCCGGCACGGGUUCGGGCAGAUCGGAGACACGGAGCACAAAGACGUGGUGCUGCACGGCAUAACACCGUCGAUCGUCGACCACGACAUAGCCACCUACCUCGAGCACAGCCUCAGAAUCAUCGCCAAGGAGUGCUAUCAGGCAGACGACUGGCCAGGCGCAGAAGUGAUCAGGCGAUUGGUGCAGAGCGCAAGCGGUCUGUUCAUCUGGGCCGCUACUGCCUGUCGCUUCAUCCAAGAAGGCGGACAAUUCGUUGCCGAUCGACUGCGCGCUGUUCUCAAGGACACAUUCUCUGCAGACAGCAGCUCGUCAAAGGACAGCUCAUCUAGUGAGGACUCUGGCACAGACGAGCGCUUUGAGAUCCUGCCUGAACAGCGGUUGGACAGCAUAUAUGUCACCGUGCUCAAGGGCCCCGUUCGGAAAUACAGGAAGCAGGAAAGGAAGAGAUGGUACACGCUGAUAAGAGAAACACUCGGGGCCAUCGUGCUUCUGCAAUCGCCGCUUUCUGCGUCUUCGCUGGUUCGGCUACUCCGCGUUCCUGCAGAGGAUGUGCAUCGAACGCUGUACGAGUUGCACUCUAUCGUAGAUGUCCUGCAAGAUCCGGAUCGGCCAGUGCGCUUGCACCACCCUUCGUUCCGCGACUUCUUAGUUAAUAGAAAGAGAUGCGGCGACGACAGCUUCUGGGUAGACGAGAGCAAACUGCGCUAUGCGUGCCGCUACUGGGUCGAGCAUGUUGAGCGCAGCCAGCAGAGCAUUACGGAUGGAGACGUAGUGCACGUCUUUCUUCAGACGCACCUUCUGCACUGGCUCGAAGCGAUGAGCCUGAUGGAGGAGACAGAGCAAUGCGUGCGCCUGCUGGCGAGACUGCAGGCGUUGGUAGCGGUAGGAGUCGCAGAAGCGCCUCUGCAGGUGUACCUGUCAGCGCUUGUCUUUGCACCGGAGGCAAGCAUUGUCAGGAAGACGUUCUUUGUUCAGGUUCCACAGGAAGUGGAGAUGCUAUCAGAUAAAGAUACAGACUGGUACGCGUGUCGCAGCGUGCUGGAGGGCCACUGGAGCUCGGUCGCGGCAGUGGCGUUCUCGCCAGACGGACAGCUGCUCGCCUCAGCAUCUGAAGACAGGACAGUGCGAGUGUGGGAGACGGCGACGGGCACGUGUCGCAGCGUGCUAGAGGGCCACUCAGACGCUGUCAAUGCGGUGGCGUUCUCGUCAGACGGACAGCUGGUCGCCUCAGCAUCCGACGACGAGACAGUGCGACUGUGGGAGACGGCGACGGGCACGUGUCGUAGUGAGCUGCAAGGUCCGUCUCCGUACGUCGACCAACUCGGUUUCUGGUUGGAUAGUCAGGUUCUGCACACCAACGAAGGAGACAUGCCGCUGCCUUCAGAUCUCUUCUCGACGCCACCUCUUGAGCAGGAAGAGCAUCAUUCGCAGCUUUUGGUAGAGGACCAGUGGGUGUUGCGCGAUACGCAGCGCUUGCUGUGGCUGCCGUUUGAGUAUCGGACAGACAACACAGCCGUGUACAAAGAUAUGCCAAAUUGCAAGCCUAAUUACAUGCAGGUUCACUGUCUCUUACGUUUUGCUAGCGUCGGCGCUCCAAGACUAUACACAGCUACAGCUUCACGUGGUGCCAUAUUACAAAAGUCGGCCAUCUGA